AUGGAGAAGAAUAUCGCAGAAGAAAUUAGCGAAAAGGUGGGAAACAUGGAAUUGGACUGCAGUAACUCUGAUGCAUCAUCUUCCCCCGGUGUCCCUGAAAUAAGUAUAGCCGUUGAUCCUUCUUUUGUCCAUUACUUCCCGGGUCUUCGAAACCCACCCGAUUCCGGUCACCGUUCCGACGAGGGCAAAAAGCACCAGGUGGUGAAAUCUAAAUCCGUUCGAACUCCGAAAUCACCCGAUGAUGGCUCUACCAAAUCCCGUUAUAGACGGUGCGAUUUUCCUAACUAUGAACGCCACCUUUGCCAGAGGUACUGUAAGGCAGGAUCUGUAAUGAUUGGGGUGAUUGCUCCACUGCCCAAGAGGAUGAGGAGGGACCCCCAUCCUUGGCUUUUCUUUUUUGAGGAAAAGAGGUUAUGGUAG